UUUUUUCUCUCUUUCCUUCUCACAACGGCGCUCUUUAAGCUCCGGUGCGCGAUACAGAGCCGCCAUUCAUUGUAGGGCAAACCAAACGAGGGGGCAGGGGACAGGGCGAGCGUCACACUGGUGGACAGGGGAACGCACGAACUCCGGUGUUGAACGGGCGACCUCCUAAACUCUGCAUUGGCGACAUCGGUGGAAGUGAAUGGGAAGUGCAAAGGACAGGAUUUGGGUACAUUCGAUUACGCACGAGUAGGCUAUGGGUUUACGCGUGGCAUAUAGGAAUAAUCCCAUAUAAAGGAGCGAGUCCGGAGCACAUCUCUCAGCUGUAGCUUAAAGUUUUGCAUUCUCUGAACAAAUUUACCAAAUUUUCCUGCAAGGAUAUUUUUUGUUGCCAAUCGAUAAUAGCCUAUACAUUAAAAUGUCUGGAGAGGAGCACAGUCUAUCCGAGGCAGAGUUGAGUCCCGGGGGCUCAGAUGAUGGUCACUCUCUGUCACCGGCACACUCCGGGGCCACCGGCGGCCGGGACUCCCCGCUCAUCGGUCCGUCGCAGCAACUGACUGGGCUUUCUGGCGCAGAUGUCGGCGGAGAGGACGGUGGACUAGUACCCAAGUCAGAGGUGGAUAUGGACCGGUUCCCCAUCGGCAUCCGCGAGGCGGUCAGCCAGGUGCUGGACGGAUACGACUGGACGCUCGUGCCCAUGCCCGUGCGCGUAAACAACGGGAACAAGAGCAAGCCGCACGUGAAGAGGCCGAUGAACGCCUUCAUGGUAUGGGCGCAGGCCGCGCGCCGUAAACUGGCGGACCAGUACCCUCACCUGCACAACGCGGAGCUCAGCAAGACACUCGGCAAACUGUGGAGGCUCCUGAAUGAGAGUGACAAGAGGCCUUUCAUUGAGGAGGCGGAGCGACUGCGGAAACAACAUAAGAAGGACUACCCAGAGUACAAGUACCAGCCCCGCAGACGCAAGAAUGGCAAGCUGGGGACCAAUGGUGAGGGAGGGGAGGGAGCAGAGGGGGAGGGCAGCCACGCCCAGUCCCAUUACAAGGCCCUCCACCUGGAUGUGCACAGUACAGGGGCUGGGUCCCCCCUGGCCGACCUCCACCACCAUCAUCAUCACCACCCUGCAGGUCAGGGUCACAGCCCACCAACACCCCCCACCACCCCAAAGACAGAGCUCCAGUCUGGAAAGAUGACGGAGGGGAAGAGGGAGGGCGGAGGUGGCUCAGGGUCCUCCCGUGGAGGAGGCCUGGGGGUAGGAGCAGAGGGGGCCUCCGGGGGCCAUUCAUCAGCGGGCGGGAAACCCCACAUCGACUUCUGCACCAUGGACAUCGGCGAGAUCAGCCACGACGUGAUGGCCAACAUCGAGCCCUUCGACGUCAACGAGUUUGACCAGUACCUGCCGCCCAACGGGCACCCGGGGGUCGGCCAGGGCGGGGCCGCCACAUCAAGCUCCUCCGCUACAUCCUACGCCUACGCCCUCGCCGCCGCCAGCGGUCACUCAGCCGCCUGGCUCUCCAAGCAGCAUCAGCAUCAACAGCCCUCCCCCUCAGACUCCACCAAGGCCCAGAUCAAGAGUGAGUCUGGGGCCGGGAGCCACUACGCAGAGACUUCCUCCUCUUCGUCAGGAACCCACGUCACCUACACCCCCCUCAGCCUCCCCCAUUAUGGAUCAGCCUUCCCCUCGCUGCCCUCCAGGGCCCAGUUUGAGUACGGGGAGCACCAGGCUCCGGGGCCGUACUACGCCCACUCCAGCCAGGCCCCGGGGCUGUACUCAGCCUUCUCCUACAUGGGGCCCAGCCAGAGGCCCCUCUACACUACCAUCACUGACCCCUCCAGCGUGGCCCAGUCUCAUAGUCCUACACAUUGGGAGCAGCCUGUCUAUACCACCCUGUCACGGCCAUGAGAGACUGAGAUGCAUGGGAUCGGAUGUGUGUGUGUGUGUGUGCGUCGCCACACCACCUUCUGACGACCCUGAGAAAGGGAUAAAGAAAGACAAAGAUUGGAAGAGUGGCAACUGAAUAAAUGUGUGUGUGUGUGGCAACUGAAUAAAUGUGUGUGUGUGUGUGUGUGGCGGGUUAACAAAGGAUGGAUAUCUUACUGAUGUUGUAUUGGGAUUCAUUGGGACUUGACAGUGUACCUCUAUCCAUGGAGUCCUUAUAUUUUACUGUACAGUAUAUUUUCUAUCACAGCCAAUGGUCAAUAGCCAAUCAGAAUAAACCUUUAACCAAUGUGUGCCAUGUUUUAGUGUGUAAGGUUAGGAUCCCAGCUGCCAGAGUGUCAUAGUGUAUAGUAAGAGGGCUUAUUGUGAUAAUGAGCCCAGAGCACACAGAACUAAUACCGUAGUGGUAAGAAGGAUACACACAGGGUUUCAAAAUGCUGCUAACUUCCCCCAAAUUCCCUGGUUUUCCAGAAAUCCUUGUUGGAAGUUCCUGGAAUUAGGAGGGAAUAAGCAGGAUAUCCUGGAAUCCUCUUACUGGGAUUUCUGGAAAACUGGGGAAUUUGGGGAAAGUUAAUGGAAUUUUUCCAACCCUAGCUACCUAUAUAACCAGGAUUGAGUAACAUUGCCGGCAAGGACUGGCUUUCAGCGGGUUUCUACAGGCUAUCAGCCUAGGAAAAAUACAACAUGAUGUUUAUCAGAACUGGGUUGUUUUAGAUUGAAAUAAUCCGAUUCUAUUAACCAAACUAAAAGGAAAUGUUUGUGUGACUUCAUUUUAGUAUUUUUUUAUGACUUAAGUGAUGUAUUUGUUGGUUAUUUUUUAUAUGACUUUACAUUCUGGUUCGAUAUUACACUGACAUAUCUUCACCACUGCUUUUGAAAGAAAGGUCAGUUUACUUGGGCAAAAACGUUAUGCGUUGGUCUACAGGCGUCAGGUAGCCUAACCAUUAAGUGCAUUAGGCCAGUAACUGAAAGCCUGCCGGUUCGAAACCCAGUACCGGUGCGGUGAAAAAAUAUUAUAUUCUGCCCUUGAGCAAGGCAGUUCACCUGCAACAUCUACUCCCCGGGCGCCAUGGAUGUCGAUUAAGGCAGCCCCCACUGCACAUCUCUGAUUCAAAGGGUUUGGGUUAGAUGUGGAAGACACGGUUGAAUGCGUUCAGUAGUGCAACUGACUAGGUAUCACCUUCUGGGAUGCAGCUUGACUCCUUAUGUGUUGCGUUGUGCAACUGACUAGGUAUCAUCUUCUGGGAUGCAGCUUGACUCCUUAUGUGUUGUGUUGUGCAACUGACUAGGUAUCACCUUCUGGGAUGCAGCUUGACUCCUUAUGUGUUGCGUUGUGCAACUGACUCGGUAUCACCUUCUGGGAUGCAGCUUGACUCCUUAUGUGUUGCGUUGUGCAACUGACUCGGUAUCAUCUUCUGGGAUGCAGCUUGACUCCUUAUGUGUUGCGUUGUGCGAAACCAGAGUUGAUGAGGAAAGAGGACAAAAAAAUGGAGGGAAAGAGAAUUCCUGGAAACACUUUAGAAUAGAGUUCUGGAAAGCAGCACAUUACCUCAACUCAAUGUACAUGUGCCAAUAACACUCUACAUGCUCUAAUAUCCUCGAUGAGAAUACAUGGCACACAUUUCGCUUAUACUACUCAUAAAUAAUAAAACUAUUGUUGAAGUCACUGGACUUUUCUUUUUAUUGAUAUGGAUUGCAUUUGUACGCUCUGGUUGCUUCCAAUUCCAUUUGUCUACCAAAUUAUCAAAGCAAAACAAUCUACAUGACUCAGCAAGUACAAAGUCGGCAAAAUCCUUUUGUGAAGAAUUCAGCUUUAAACUAAAAGGUUUACUCUUAGUGAGAAUUAGAGAGCUGUUUAGAACAAAUGCCACAUGCUAUAGUUUAUGUACAUAGGUUUUCCCUCUGCAUCUCCCUUUUCUGUAUCCUGUUUCAUGUCCCUCUCGGCUCCCUCUGUAAUGUGAAUGAUCACCACAUGCCUCUUCUUCCAUAGGUGAUUUAGACGGGAGUCAUUUUAUACUGACCCUCUUCUGCUUUGUAGUUUUUAUAAAAAAUAAUUUCACGUUUAGCUUUUUCUCUCUCCAUUUUGUACAUUUCUGGAUAGUUUCUAAAACUUUGUAAGCUACACAUUUGAUGUAUCUGCUUUCUUCGACAAGAAACAACAAUGUACAAAUAUUAUUGAUGUUGUCAUUACGUUGUCAAUCUAUUAAAGCAAUUUAUUUAUACAAAA